AUGCCUAACAUUUUGGUAGCACAACAUAGCACCAGUGAAAUUGAAUGCAUGUUUAUUAUGUGUUUUGCCAGCAGGAGCGCUGAUUGUGGGAUCCGGCGAAUUAAUGUACAAGAGCGGUACCUUGCCUGUUGUUCAUCUUACUUUGUUGAAAACAAAUUAGGCUGCCAUGCUGUCGCGGGUGUCAACCAGACCCCCUCCGAGAAGCAUCGCAUAUCUGUUACUUCUGUGAGCACUACCAAACCAAUUCGUUUGAGAUAG